AUGUUCGGCAAAUUUAAAGGUUUAGCUAUUUUAUCCUCUGUUAUUCUACUUUCAACCUUUGUUAAUGCACAGCAAUGUGGAAGUCAAAAUCCAAACGGACAAUGUAGUGAUAAUGAAUGUUGUUCACAAUAUGGUUACUGUGGUACCACCGACGAUUAUUGUGGAACUGGUUGCCAAAGUGACUUCGGAACAUGUACUGCCGGAGGUGUUAUUACCGAUGGUAAUACCAGUGGAAGCACCGCUGAGGUCCAAAUGGUCACAGCUACUGUUUACAAUAGGUGCACGGUAUCCAAUAGUUUUGCUUUGACAUUUGACGAUGGACCAGUUGGCGAGACAAAUACUCUUCUCGAUACUCUCAAAAGCAAGGGUCAAAAAGCUACAUUCUUUGUUAACGGAAGGAAUUACGCUUGUAUUUACGAUAACGCCAGCAUAAUCCAACGUAUCGUCAACGAAGGGCAUCAACUUGCUCAUCACACUUGGUCUCACCCAUCUCUGACAGAACUCUCAGACGACGACAUCAGAUCGCAAAUAACUUUACUCGAAACUGCACUCCGCAAAAUUGUAGGCGUCGUACCUAAAUAUCUUCGUCCGCCAUACGGCAAUUAUGAUAGUCGCGUUCUUAAUAUACUCGGAAGUCUUGGAUACGAAUAUAUCAUCACUUGGGAUAUUGAUAGUAACGAUAGUCUCGGUUACACAGCUGCACAGUCGGAGCAAGUGUAUCGUGAUGCUAUUUCGAAUUCACCAUCACCGAAUCCGCAUAUCGCUUUAAAUCAUGACACAAGACCAGACACUGUUAAUAUUGUUGGACCAUUUGCUAUUGAUUUCGUUACGCAAUCCGGCUACAACUUGCAAACUGUUGGUGAAUGUCUAGGAAAUGGCAAUGAUUGGUAUAAGGAACGCGUAGCACCAUCGGCAAGAGACAGUACUUGGACCU